GUGUGGGCCCCAUCCCCGCAGCGUCUGCUUCUCCUUCCCUCCGCCCACUUCGAAUUCUCCGCCGCUCUCGCACAAACCCCUCCUCACCGCCUCCGCCCACGCUUCCCUCAUCCUCGACCUACACGCCUCCCUCGCCGCGCAGACCCUAAGCCUCUUUUCGCAUUCCGUUGCGAUGCAGUCCACCGCGGCCGUGCCCAUGUCCGCCUCGGUGAUCACCACCGGCGGCAGUGGUGCCAGAUCCGGGGCGGCGCGGCGGCCCGGCAGGAUCCGGGUCUGCUGGCUCCGGGGCGAGGCCCUCGCGUGCCCCUCGCUGCGGAUCUCGCAGGAGCCAGCGAGGCGGGCGGUGGCGAGGGCAGCGGCGGCGUCGAAUGGCGCGGUGGCGGGGAGCGGCGGGUUCGACUACGACCUCGUCAUCAUCGGCGCGGGCGUCGGGGGGCACGGCGCCGCGCUGCACGCCGUCGAGGAGGGUUUGAAAACUGCCAUUAUUGAGGGUGAUGUUGUGGGUGGGACUUGUGUAAACAGAGGUUGUGUCCCAUCGAAAGCACUCCUUGCUGUCAGUGGUCGGAUGCGGGAGCUUCACGAUGAACAUCAUAUGAAGUCUUUGGGUCUACAGGUUUCAUCUCCAGGAUAUGACAGACAAGCUGUUGCCGAUCAUGCAAACAAUCUUGCCUCCAAAAUCCGAAGCAACUUGACUAACUCAAUGAAUGCUCUGGGAGUGGACAUACUGACAGGUGUUGGCACAAUUGUGGGAAAGCAAAAGGUACGAUAUGGAAAAGUUGGUUUUCCAGAUAAAGAAAUCACUGCUAGGAACAUCAUAAUUGCCACUGGGUCAGUUCCUUUUGUUCCCAAAGGCAUUGAAAUUGAUGGGAAAACUGUAUUUACCAGUGAUCAUGCACUAAAACUGGAGUCAGUUCCAGACUGGAUCGCUAUUGUUGGAAGUGGUUACAUUGGACUUGAGUUCAGUGAUGUAUACACAGCUCUAGGAAGUGAGGUUACUUUUGUUGAAGCUCUUGACCAGCUGAUGCCUGGUUUUGAUCCUGAAAUUGCAAAAUUAGCCCAGAGAGUUCUUAUCAAUCCCCGGAAAAUUGACUAUCACACUGGUGUUUUUGCAAGCAAGAUUACUCCAGCAAAGGAUGGAAAACCUGUGCUCAUUGAGCUAAUUGAUGCAAAGACAAAGGAGCACAAAGAAACCCUCGAGGUGGAUGCAGCCCUUAUAGCCACAGGAAGAGCGCCAUUCACCAAAGGACUUGGCUUGGAAAAUAUCAAUGUUGUCACACAACGUGGUUUUGUACCUGUUGAUGAACGGAUGCAAGUCAUGGAUGCAGAUGGCAAUGUGGUACCGGAUUUAUAUUGUAUUGGAGAUGCCAAUGGUAAACUCAUGCUUGCCCAUGCUGCCAGUGCACAAGGAAUCUCAGUUGUUGAGCAAAUCUCUGGAAGGGACCACGUGCUAAAUCAUUUAAGCAUCCCGGCUGCUUGUUUCACUCAUCCAGAGAUUAGUAUGGUUGGGCUGACAGAGCCACAAGCCAGAGAAAAGGCUGACAAAGAAGGAUUUGAAAUAAAUGUUGUUAAGACCAGCUUUAAGGCUAACACAAAAGCUUUGGCAGAAAAUGGAGCAGAUGGGCUUGCUAAGUUGAUUUACCGGCGUGACACAGGUGAAAUUCUUGGGGUUCACAUUUUGGGUUUGCAUGCUGCUGACCUCAUCCAUGAGGCAUCCAAUGCCAUCGCCCUAGGAACUUGUGUGCAAGACAUCAAGUUUGCUGUUCACGCACACCCAACCUUGUCCGAGGUCCUGGAUGAACUCUUCAAAUCAGCCAAGGUUAAUUCAGGUGUUUCUCAUUCUGUAAAUGAACCAGUUGCAGCCUAGAGGAGUGCAGGACAGCAAGCCGAACCAGCCACCCCAACCGCUCCUGAAGGUCCUCAGUUUCAUCACGAGCCUGUUCUCUUCCCAGAAAUGAGACUGGGCAACUGUAGAUCAAUGAGGGGGUGUUGUAGCUAAGCUAACCUCUUGAGGCCUACAAAUUUGAGGAGAGGAAGUUCAUCAGCAUCAGAAAUCCUUCCACAUAUUUUGCAGUUCAAAUUUAUGUUGGGGUCUUUUGCGAGUGGGGUGGUCCCUGUUGCCUUCGUUCUUUGUUGGUUGUCCUGUAAGCUGUAAGUGCCGAGACUAGCUCAGCUUGUUUGAAAAAACAGGAAAUUUCAUCUAUGCCAUCAAGCUCGACUGGGCGGUGUGCUCGGUGGGGAGAUUGGAGACCUGUGAGAAGGAGAUGGAACCUCGACGGAGGAAUCGACCUCGGGGGAGAUGCCGGGCAGGCUGCGGCGCUUGACGAGCUCCUGGAGCACAAGCGGCAUGCAGAGCCCCUUGCGGUGGUAGAUGAGGCACAUCUCGUGGGACUAGGUGGCGCCGUUGGAUCCAUCCGCUAAUCACGACCGCUUCAUUCGAUUCCAGUGAAAAUGAGGCGCCAUGCAUUCUAAUACCAAGCUUAUCCUAGAUGAAAUGUGUCGAAGAUUAGUACUGAUAAUAUGUUCGUAGUUAAAUUGUGGUAUUUUUGAGAUCAGGGAUUGAGUAGGAAAUAAAACACACGAUGUAUACAGGUUUGGGUUUACGGUUAGAGUAAUACCUUACAUAAUGUGUGGAUGUUGCUGUAUAUUGAUUGUCUUGAGUAUGUGCAAUGUGAC